AUGUCAAAACGACAGACUCGCCCACCAGGAACUGAUCCUCUCAAAACUCUCCGCAUCCUCAACCCAUAUCCAGGAAUUUUUGCCUACUACGACGGCCGUACAGGUGACCGAUUUCAUUCGGAUCGAUCCAAUUGGCUUGACGAUGGCGCGUUCACUUUGGGAGUUUCCACAUACUCGAUCGUAUCGGGCGACACGGCCCUCCUCUACGAUGCAGCCAUCACGGAGUCUCAUGCAGAGGCCAUGAUCACACAUUUAAAGUCAAUAGGGGUCACCAAGACUACCACGGUUUAUAGCCACUACCACACGGAUCAUGUUGCCGGCGCCGGGGCCUUGCAACGCGCUGGCACAAACUUCACCGGCCACGAGCUGACAGUGAGCACGCUGAAAAGGUUGGCUGCGGACUACGCCGCUCUGGACCCGCCAAUCCCAAAGGUCUUCCCGCCGACCACCACCUACAAGGACGUGGCGACAGUCCAGGUCGGCGACCGCACGGUGGAGAUGCACCACUUCCACGUGCACACCACCGACGGGACGGUCCUCUACCUCCCCAAGGAGCAGAUACUCUUUGCCGGAGAUACCCUCGAGGACACGGCCACCUUUAUCGCCGAGCCCGAUUCCAUCGACACCCACGUCAAAGAGCUCCAGCGCAUGGCGACUCUGCAGAUCGGCAAGAUCUUGCCGGCCCACGGCAGCCCGGAUCGUAUAGCUGCGGGAGGCUACGGGCCCGAGUUUAUAAACGCAACCGUGCGGUAUCUCAACGCCGUCAACUCACCAGUGGCUAGGCCACCUGCGUGGAGCCAGAAGCUGCAGGAGGUGGUCAAGGAUGAUGUCGCGGCAGGCAACCUGAUUUACUUUGCGCAGUAUGAGGAGGUGCACCAAUCGAACGUGCAGAGUAUACGGCAAGUGAGAAGGGGUGGUGGCCAGUAG